AUGAGGACGGUUUACACAGUGUUCUUUCUUGUGGCAGCAUCGUUCUUUGCCGGAAUUGUGAUUGCCGGAGUUUUCCAUAUCCAUAAACGACAGACUCAAGCAAGUGUCCUGGUGGAGCCUGAGAUAGCAGUUCGGAGUAAACGGCAAAUUGUGCAGAUCCUGCGUGGCUUUAGUGGAUCUUCUGCCAGUGCUGCAGCAAAUACGAUUUCUCAAAAUUCUGGGGGUGUCGGGGGUUUUUCCGGAUCAAAUGCGGCCGCAAACUCGUUGAGCCAAAACAUAGGAGGAUUUGGUUUUUCCGGCUCGAAUGCUAACGCGAACGCAUUCGGACAGAGUUUCGGGCCGGGUGGAUUCGGAUCGUCGGCGGCCAAUGCUCAGGCCCAAUCUUUCCAGAGCGAUGGACCGCUCGGUUCCUUUGGAGCUUCCGCUUCGAAUGCGGCAAGCCAAGGGUUCAACGCGGGACCCGGAGGGCUCAGCGGUUCGGCCGGUUUCUCCGGCAGUCAAGCGUACAAACUGCCAGGCAAUCGCCAAAUUUCCCUAUCCUACUCGAACGGUUUUUCCCUCGCCAACGGGCAACCGGCGCUUUCGAAUGGGUUCAGUGUUUCGGAGAGCUGAACCUGUUCCCAGAACCAGAAAAACCCCCAUUUGUACGCGCCACAAACCAAUCAACCACAAGGGACUGAUCUUUAGUCGUAAGUCAAUAUUUAUUUUAGGCUGCCAACAGGAGAAUCCCAACAGGGAAAUCUGUAUAAUACACAAAAAACUCUGCCACUUGUUAAUCACAUAUCGAUGACUUAGUAGUGUGGUACUGAAACUUUUAAGUCUACUGCCUCCAUCGAAUCAUAUUCAUUAGAAAAAGCUCUUAUCAGAUUUUGCCGAUGGUCCAUAGGUUCUUGAGAAACUCACAACAAAUGCAUGCGACGUCAUAGGAAUUUGUUUUCCAAUUUUUAUUUAAAAGUGAGAUCAGCUUUAGAUUAAGGUUCAUUGAUGGAAUCUGUAAUACAAUAAAGAUCUGCUU